UGUACAAGGUCUUCCUUCCUUUUCUAGACUAACUCAACAACCCCAUUUUAUUGCCUAGUCUUUUGCUUCCGAUCCUUCUUCUCACUUCUCUCUCUCUCUCUCUUAGUCUUCUCGAUCUGAUCUCAUUCUCAUCUAUCUUCUUUUUAUGCCCAAAACCAGUGGACUCUCCUUUGAUUCAGAUCCCACUAUUUUACGUACCAUUGUCCUUUCACACACUCCCUCUCUUUCUUCUUUCUCGAUCUCAUCUUCCUUCUCUUAUCGCCAUCUUCCAUCUUCAUCACCCUAAUUAACCCUUUUCUCAUCCUCUUCAUCAAUGGAGUCUAUGGUCAACAACGGGUCUCCGCCACCCACCAUACAAUUCCCGGUGAGCCGCCUCAUCAACACCGCCGAUCACCGUCAUCAUCAUUGUCACCAUGAACAUGAUCAAGAAGACCCCGUGGAUAAUAAGCGGAAGGUUCUGGAUGAAAUGGACUUCUUUGCAGACAAAACCAAGGACGAAGAUGCCGGCAUCAGGAAAGAUUUACACGCACCCACAGAUUUGGAUUUCAGCAUAAAUACUUGUUUGCGUCUUCUCACUUCAAAUAGCAGUAGCGAUGAUCAGUCCUCCUCGGUGGUGGAGGAUAGAUUGCCACCUGAUUGUGAGAAAAAUGGGAAUAAAACGGAGCUAGUUGCAGUGAAAGCUGAAUUGGAGAGAAUGAGCGCAGAGAAUCGAGUUUUAAGGGACAUGUUGAGUCAGGUUUCCGACAACUACAGUAAUCUCCAAAAGCAGGUGAUAAACCUGAUGCAACACCAAAAGAAUAAUCAUCAUCAUCAUGGGAAAGUAGACGAAGACAAUAAUAGCAAUAAUGGGGAGAUAAAGUUUCCCAGGCAAUUCAUGGAUCUUGGCCUGGCAACCGGGAGAUCCAACGACGGCACCACCACCACCACCGAUGAAGCUAACUUGUCGUCUUCCCCGGAGGGGCGGAGCAGCGGCGGAAACGGCAGGGAGAGUGGGUCUUCAAGAUCGCCGGCCUCGAGAGAGGAGAGUCCCGAAAAGGGGCCGUCGUCUUCAGGUUGGGGUCCUAACAAGGUUCCUAGACUAGGUCAUGGUCCGGAAAGUAGCAGCGUCGAUCAGGCUACCGAGGCCACCAUGAGAAAAGCUCGCGUCUCCGUUAGAGCUAGAUCCGAUGCUCCCAUGAUCACAGAUGGUUGUCAAUGGCGGAAGUAUGGACAGAAAAUGGCGAAAGGAAACCCCUGCCCUCGCGCCUAUUACCGGUGCACCAUGGCCACCGGGUGCCCGGUUCGGAAACAAGUUCAAAGAUGCGCGGAGGACAGAACAAUCUUGAUUACGACUUACGAAGGCAAUCACAACCACCCAUUGCCGCCGGCCGCCAUGGCGAUGGCGUCCACAACUUCGUCAGCGGCGAAGAUGCUACUUUCCGGCUCCAUACCAAGUGCUGAUGGGCUAAUGAACCCAAACAUCCUAGGCAGAACGCUAUUCCCGUGCUCUUCAAGCAUGGCAACCAUCUCAGCUUCGGCCCCAUUCCCAACCGUCACACUCGACCUAACCGAAACCCCAAACCCACUCCAGUUCCCGCCCCGACAGCCCAACCAACCGCCACAAUUCCAGUUACCGACAGCCACCUCAAUUUUGCCGCAGAUUUUUAAUCAGGCGUUACACAACCAGUCGAAAUUCUCCGGCCUGCAACUCUCUCAGGACUUGGAAAACCAAUCGGAACGGACCACAAUGCACCAGUCCUCUCAGCAGCACAACCCGCAGCUAGUUGAUACCCUUAAUUCCCUCGCCGGUGACCCCAACUUCACGGCGGCUAUAGCCGCCGCCAUCACUUCCAUUAUCGGAAACUCUUCCAAUCCCGCCACCAACAGCGCAAGUAACAACGCUAACAGUGGCAGCAAUAAAUCCACCAACUCAAGCGUUCCGGCGAAUUGAUAGAUACUACGCUGCAGUUUCUUCCCCUCUCCGAUCUUGUCUUCAUAAAACACGUACUUUGAUCAAUUGAUAAUUCUUUUUGUUAAGUUUCAAUCUUUUAGACUUCCUUGAGGUUUUCGAGCUUAGUAGCUACGUUACCCUUGGUUGAAUAAUGUAAUUUAAAUCUUGUUACGUUACAUACUCAAUACGGAAAUGGAAACUAAAAAACUGCAGCUUGUUGAUUAUCAUA